AUGUCUAUGGAUGAUGCUAGGUCUUAUGCGAUGUAUGCUGAUGUUGACUAUAGUGCUGCUGGAUCUGUUUACUUGCCUGUACCUAGCGUAGGAUCUUUGCCUGUUGCUAGAGUAGGUGCUGGUGUAGGAUCCUGUCUAGCUACUAGUACAGGUGCUCCCUCGGCGGACGCGUCGCUCUCCUUCACACUGGACUCCGGAGCGACGCAGUGCUUCUUCCGCGACAGCACGACUCUUACUCCACUCUCGGCGCCGGUUCCUGUAGCACUGGCUGAUCCCUCUUCGGGACCGGUCAUUGCGACUCACGCCACUACCCUCCCGUGCCCAGCUGCCCCUUCCGGUUCUCUGACCGGCCUCCACGUUCCUACUUUCUCUAGGAACCUGGUUGGUGUGGCUCCUCUGGCGAGACAGCACGUCGGGGUCUGGUUUGAGCCUUCUGGUGACACUGCAGUCUGUGUGGACGGUGACACGUACGCCCCUCUGGCCACUUUUCGUCAGGAGUCGGGCUCUGGUCUGUACACCCUCCACACCGACACCCGUCCGGUUCCCCCGUCCCACCAGGUAGCCAGGUCCAGUCAGGUAGCUGUGCCAGGUCUAGUGGCUGCGUCGUGCUCGUGUCGGUCGCUGUCCCACCCUGUCCUCCUCUGGCACCACCGCCUUGGUCACCCGUCCCUCUCUCGUCUCCGCGCUAUGUCCAGUCAGCGUCUUGUCUUAGGCCUCCCCCGCGACCUCCCGCCGCUCCCGCCGUCCCCCGCUCCUCCGUGCGGUCCUUGUGUCCAGGGUCGGCUGCGCGCCACUCCUCACUCCUCCUCCCUUCGUCCAGCCUCCGAGCCCUUUGAGACACUCCACUUAGACGUCUGGGGCCCCGCUUCCCGGCUUGGCCCUGAGCGAGAGAGCUUCUUUCUAGUGGUCGUUGACGACUACUCUCGGUACACCACCGUGUUCCCUUUGGCGAAGAAGUCCGACGUGACUUCUACGCUGAUCCGGUGGCUGCUCGCCACCGAGAGUACUCGUCGUCGUCGUGUCAGUUGUCUCCACUCCGACCGUGGGGGUGAGUUUCGCUCCGGCAUUCUCGCUAGAUUCUGUGCUGAGCAGGGCAUCACCCAGUCCUGGACUCUUCCAGACUCUCCACAGCAGAAUGGGGUUGCUGAGCGCCGGCUAGGCCUGGUCAUGGAGAUUGCCCGCACCUCCAUGAUCCACGCCCGCGCGCCCCAUUUUCUGUGGCCCUACGCGGCUCGGUACGCCGCUCACCAGCUGAACCUCUGGCCUCGCGUCUCUCGGCCAGGGGCUUCACCGACCAGUCUUUGGACAGGGUCCCCUGGUGUUGCGUCGAGGUUUAGUGUCUGGGGCUGCUUGGCGCUUGUCCGCGACACCUCUGCGGACAAGCUCUCACCUCGCGGCGUCCCCUGUGUCUUCCUUGGUUUCCCUGAGGCCUCCUCUGACUUCACCUUUUACCACCCUCCCUCCCACCGGUUCUUUGACUCUCGUGACGUCCGUUUCGACGAGUCUGUCCCCUACUACGUCCGGUACCCCUGUCGAGGUCUCCCGGUCUCACCUCCUUCCCCACAGUCGUCCUCACAGCCUCCGCAGCAGCCGUCAGCGCUUCCUUUACCGGCCACUGCGGACUCUGAGGGUGUUGGUGCUCGGGGUGAGGGCUCUGGCGGUGCUCGCUCUGGGGGUGCUGGCGUUGGAGCUGUUAGUGCACCUACAGGAGCCGCCCGUUCUGGGGGUGUUGGCGUUGGCGCUGAGCGUGCACCCGCCGCGGCUGCCCGUUCUGGUGGUGCUGGAGCUGGUGGUGUUUCUGGAGCUGGAGAGUCUGAGGCUGGUGCUGGUGCCACUGGAGGCACCCCGACUGGGGGUGCGGGUCCACCUCCUACAGACCCGUCUUCGUCUUGA